AUGAUUGAGCUUUACGUCUGGCCUGCACGAUGGGGGCUUCCCUCUAUUGAUCCUGCUUCAUUGUCUCUUAUCAUAUAUAUGCAGCUGGUGCAGCCUUCUAAGUUCGUGCUUGUUGAAAGCGUAAACCCUGACCUUUCACCAACUGGCCAGCUGCCGUUUCUGAAGGACGGGAAUGAGAUUAUUGCACCCGCUUCCUCCAUUAUCUCCUACUUGGUCGAUGAUAAAAAUGGUUUCGAUACAUUAGCACUGAAAGCCACAUUCAAUCCUGCGGAUGCUGCAUGGCUCGCGCACGCAGAAUCAAAUCUUGGAGAUCUAGUGUUCCAUAUGUUGUAUGCUCUGCACGCAAACUGGACCGAACUCACUCAUGCGUCCAUUGUGUACCGAUUCCCAGUCCCACAGAGAUAUUAUGUACCUCACCGACUCAGACAAUCAUACAAGAGGAGGCUAGAAGGUUCUGGUCUAUGGAGUUUGCCAGGGAUCGAGCAAGAAACAAAACAUAUUUCGAAGAAUCGCGCACCGAAUGAAAAGGUCAAUCCUCGUGAUAGGUUCUUGAAGGUUUUCGAGCGAGAAAAGGUCUUGGAGAAAGCUCGAACUACUCUUGAUAUAUAUACCCGUCUAUUAGGCGAAGGGACUUUUUUCAACGGAGAUCAACCUUCGCAUUUGGAUGCUAUCGUGGCUGCUCACAUUCUCUUACUUUCCCGACCGCCUUUUCCCGACCCUUUACUGCAAGAUUUGGUGAACACUUCGUACCCAUCUUUAGUCGCGCACGCCAAUCGUAUGUACGCCCGAACACUAUCUGCGAGUCUACGUACUCGGGAUGCUGCACCGGACCAUGAGUCGGAUGUCUGGGAGACUCGUUUAAGAUUCGCUUUCAUAGGACUUACUUUGGGAGGAAUAUUUACAUAUCUCACUGCAGCAAUCAGCAGCACCUAG